AUGGCGGCAUCAGCAGUGAAAGCCGGCUCACUGGUUAGGUUACAAGAACUGAGCCCUUCUUCCCCAAACUUCAAGCAUGGCGCUUCAUUUAGGGUUACUGGAAAGCUGCAAGAUUACGAUUUGGAGACAGCAAUUGCUGUAAUAGUCGAUGAAGGUGCCAGCUUAAAGGUUGACACUAAGCACUUAAACAUCAAUAUUCGCUCGGGUUCCAUCUAUCAGUUUAUCGGGGAACUCCAUAUUGAACCUAAUAAUGAGGCUAUUUUGAAGGCUCGGGUGGGUCGAAUUGUGGAUGGGUUGGACAUUAACCUCUACAAUCAAACACUUCAGCUACUAAAGGAGUUUGUAGCUGAACAAAUAAAUUCUCAAUCGGCUUAA